AUGUCUGGUGCUGGAAACAGAGAACAAGUGUUCCCUACUCGUAUGACUUUAGGGUUAAUGAAGGGAAAAUUGAAGGGUGCUCAGCAAGGACAUUCCCUUUUGAAGAGAAAAUCUGAAGCAUUGACUAAAAGAUUCAGAGACAUCACCCAGAGAAUCGAUGACGCAAAAAGAAAGAUGGGUAGAGUGAUGCAAACUGCAGCUUUCUCAUUAGCAGAAGUACAAUAUGCCACUGGUGAUAAUAUCUCAUACCUGGUUCAAGAGUCUGUACAGAAUGCCAGAUUUCAAGUCAAAGCCAAGCAGGAAAAUGUUUCAGGUGUCUACUUGCCAACAUUUGAAAGUCAUAUCAAUGAAGAUAUUAAUGAUUUCAAGAUGACUGGUUUGGGUAGAGGUGGUCAACAGGUCCAGAAGGCCAAAAUGGUGUACACCAAGGCAGUGGAAACUUUGGUUGAAUUGGCGUCGUUGCAAACCGCAUUUAUAAUCUUGGAUGAGGUUAUUAAAGUCACCAAUAGAAGAGUCAACGCGAUUGAGCAUGUUAUUAUUCCUAGAACCGAAAAUACUAUCAGUUAUAUUAAUUCAGAAUUAGAUGAAUUGGACAGAGAAGAAUUCUACCGGUUGAAAAAAGUCCAAGAAAAGAAGCAAGAAGCUGCAGCCAUUGCGGAAACAGAGGAAGCAGAGGAAGCAGAAAGUAAAGCCAAAACACUGCAACAAAUAGAUGAAACCGCGGUCAGAAAGGAAGUCGCAGAUUUGGAUGUCAAGGCACAUGGUGAACAAGACCUAUUGAAGGAAACCGAAGAUGAUGUUAUAUUUUGA